CCAGUUUUCUGGAGCGAUCAAAGCGAACAGACCUGAAUGAUGGUUCAUGUCGGAUUGAUUCCUGCAGCUUUUCUCGUUUCCUCGCUCGUGGCCUUCAGUGCUGCGAGCAAAGAUGUGACAGGAAGUGUCUCUAAGGUACAAGAUGUGAACAAACCAGCCCAAGAAAAUCAACUCGGUCUGAAGGAGGUGGUAUUCAUUAUCCAGAGCCAGAAGAACUCGUACCAUGCUCAGCGAGCAGAGAGACUCAGAGCGGACCUUCUAUCACAGAGCCAAUCACUGCAAGAGGAAGCCCCAGUAAUCCUGCUUCUUCACACUCUGUCGGAUAAUGAAGGAGACUGGAGUAUUUUACCCCUCCUGCCAUAUUUUUCCUCUCACUUCGGGAGGAACUCGUCCUGGAUUUUCUUCCUUGAAGAGGAGACCAACGUGAAACUGGAGAGACUUCAGAGCAUCAUUAACAAGUUCGAUCGAAGAAAAGAGUGGUUUCUGGGCAAGCCGCUGCAGGAUGACGAGUCCACCAUCAUCCACCAUUACGCCUUCGCCGAGAACCCGUCCGAAUUCAAGUACCCCGACUUCAGUGCAGGAUGGGCUCUGAGCACGCCUCUCAUCAACAGGCUUGCAAUCAGGUUUCAGCAGCAGCCUCUGAAAUCAGACUUCACCAUAGAUCUCAAACACGAGGUGGCGCUGUAUAUUUGGGAUGAAGGUAAAGGACCCCGGCUGACGGCUGUUCCGGAGCUGUGUACGUUACCAGAGCCGUCACCUCGAGCUCAGCGCUGUGCCACAACAGUCAAUACACAUUCGCCACUGUGUGGUGAACCUGUUAAAAAAGAAAACAUAUUUGUGGCAGUGAAGACGUGCAAGAAGUUCCACACAGAGCGAGUCCCUGUGGUGAAGAAGACGUGGGAGAAACAAGCUUCACAUCUGGAGUACUACAGUGAUCACGCCGAUCCCUCCAUCCCGACUAUAGAUCUCGGCGUGCCCAACACAGAAAGAGGUCACUGUGGAAAGACCUUCGCCAUCUUGAGUAGAUACGUGAGCAGCGCCGUGCCGAGGACGGACUGGUUACUCAUCGUAGACGACGAUACACUCAUAAGUCUGCCCAGAUUGCAGUCUCUGCUCAGCUGUUAUGAUCCCGCAGAGCCGCUGUGCCUCGGGGAACGCUACGGUUAUGGACUCAGCCAGGGCGGAUACAGCUACAUCACCGGUGGAGGCGGGAUGGUGUUCAGCAGGGAGGCCGUGCUCAGACUCUUGGCCAGUGGCUGUAAGUGCUACAGUGACGACGCUCCGGACGACAUGGUGGUGGGAAUGUGUCUCAAUGCUCUCCGAAUCCCUGUCACACACAGUCCACUCUUCCACCAGGCACGGCCCGAAGAUUAUGCCAGAGAUCUGCUCGCUCAUCAGACUCCCGUUUCUUUCCACAAACACUGGAAUAUCGAUCCUGUCGCCGUGUUCGACAAGUGGCUGAACAGCGACGGGGACAGCUCGGAAGGACAGAGGAAAGCUGCUAAAGAGGAGUUAUAGCAGAUGGAUGUGUGUGUGUGUGUAGGUUUUAGGCCUGGAACAUACUGAAACUGGACACUUCCGUGGGAUCUGAUCUGUAAAACAGCACAGACACA